AUGGCUUCCAAGGCAAACACUCUCCUGAUUGGUUGUGGCGGCAUCGGCACCAUUUCAGCCCUCAACCUUGAGGUUGGUGGAAGGGCUGCAGUCACGGCCGUGCUCCGCUCAAACUUCCAAGAGGUAUCCCGAAAAGGGUUCGACAUCAGAUCGGUAGAUCACGGCAUCGUCAAGGGUUUCAAGCCGACCAAGAUCCUCAACGCCAUCCCCAACGUCGCUCGCGACGACUUGACGCCUUACAAGUACGUUAUCUGCACGACGAAGAACUACCCGGACGUCCCGCCGACGGUGGUGGAUCUCCUACGACCUGCUGUCACGCCAGGAUACUCGGUCGUUGUUCUCAUUCAGAAUGGCUUGAAUAUUGAAAAGCCGCUGCUGGCAGCCUUCCCUGAAAAUGUUAUCCUCUCCGGAGUCAGCUUCUGUGGAUCUCAUGAAAUUGCCUCGGGCGAAAUCUUGCACGAGGACAGCGACAAAUUAUUUGUUGGUGCUUUCCGAAAUCCCACGUUGGACCCUACCCUGGAAGACCUAGAAGCCCAAGAGUUCACCACAAUAUACGGUGCUGGCGGUAAGUGCAUUGCUGAAUAUCAGCCUGACGUUGGUUUCACGAGAUGGAGGAAGCUGCUGUAUAACGCAUGUCUGAACUCCAUCUGUGCUAUUACCGACCUUGAUACGGGAAGACUUCAACUAGCCGAUGGAAUGGUAGAAAAUCUGGCACGUCCUGCCAUGGAAGAGAUACGUGCCGCUGCCAAAGCUUUCGGCCAUGACCUUCCCGCCGAUCUGGUAGACUUCAUGAUUACCAUGGACCCUAUUACUAUGUACAAUCCACCAAGCAUGCAGGUAGACGUCCGCAAGGGACGCUUCAUUGAAUUCGAGAACAUUGUCGGAGAACCAGUCCGCGAAGGGACCUCUCGCGGAGUGCCGAUGCCCAUUCUCACUGUGUAUUACCAUAUCUUGAGAUCGCUGCAGUGGAAGCUUAAGGAGAAGAAAGGCCUGGUCACAAUUCCUGCACCUUUUGAUCAUACCAACACAUCAUCCUAG